CGCUCCGCUCACACUGUUUCACCCUGUGGAGGCUGUGUAACCUGACCACCACCACUAUUACUGAACGGUUUUUGGCGGAUUUUGAGUGAAAUGAAGUGACUUUUCCUCUGGAUGGAUACGUGACAGCAGAGAUCCGGGAUCCUGAAUAUGCUCAGGAGUCAGCCCAUCGGCUCCAGAGUGGUGAAGCGCAGUAAAGUCAUUCCUUUCAGUGUGAGAUCCUAAAGUGUCAUCAGGGCCUUGAGACACACCCACACACACACACUGAUGUUCAGCCUCGCCUUCUCACAGUGGACCUGGCAGACCUCUAAUCUCUAAAAGAUUGAUGAGGCCCCGUCCAGGCACAGGAGGUCUGGCACAGCGUCGAUAAGGCAGCUUUCAUUUCACCACAUUUUAUCCCUCACUCCUUCCUUUCUUCUCGUCUUCUCCUCUGUGCUGAGGGACGCUGGGGCUGGCUUUGAAGCGUGAGAGAGGAUUAUGGCGCACCAAGGCCCCCGGGCGAGAAGGACAGUGUUUUAAACAGGAACCAUGAAAUGCCCCGGAAAUGACAGUUCUGUUUUCUUCUGUUGCUCCGUGUUGGACAGCCGUGUAGUAGCCGAGCAGGACGCCAGGGUCGGCAUGUCACUGUCAAACUGCUGGACCUGGAAUAUAGUGAAACUACAGAGGGACACUCAGAGCUGAGAGUAGCUGAACACACAUCACACACCUGCACACACAAAAACACACUCAGAGCGUUCCACACAGGACAAUGUGCAACAUCUCGUUCUGUGAUGUGGACAGUAAGGUGGACCAGUUCUUCCAGCCCACACUCUACAUCAUAGUCAUCGUUCUGGGGCUGCCCACUAACUGCAUGGCCCUGUGGGCUGCCUACAUGCAGGUACGCCAACGCAAUGAGCUCGGCAUCUACCUGAUCAACCUGUCAGUGGCUGACCUCCUCUAUAUCACCACUCUUCCUCUGUGGAUCGACUACUUCCUACAGCACGAUGAUUGGAUUCACGGUCAGGAGAGCUGCAAGCUGUUCGGCUUCAUCUUCUACACUAAUAUCUACGUCAGCAUCGCCUUCCUCUGCUGUAUAUCACUGGACAGGUACCUGGCCGUGGCAUAUCCUCUGCGCUUUGCCAAGGUUCGACGAAUCAAAACAGCGGUCCUGGUGAGUGCCAUGGUGUGGAUCAUUGAGAUCGUAGCCAACUCCGCUCCUCUCUUUCACGAUGAGCUCUUCCAGGAUCGGUUCAACCACACCUUCUGCUUUGAGAAGUAUCCCAUGCAGGACUGGGUGGCAGGGAUGAACCUCUACAGGACAUUUCUGGGGUUCCUCGCUCCAUGGACAGCCAUGCUUGUUGCCUACCGCGGGAUCCUCGCAGCAGUGCGCUGCAACGUCUCAACAGAGCGCCAGGAAAAGGCCAAAAUUCAGCGGCUGGCGUUGAGUCUGAUCCUGAUUGUUUUGCUCUGCUUUGGACCGUACCACAUCCUCCUUCUGGUGCGGAGUGUCAUGUUUCUAAGGAAGCCUUGUGACUGCGGCUCAGAGGAGAGCUUGUUUGCAGCAUACCAUGUAUCGCUGGCUCUGACGAGCCUCAACUGUGUUGCAGACCCCAUUUUGUACUGUUUCGUCAAUGAGGGGGCUAGACACGACGUCGGCCGAGCUCUCUCAGCUUUACUGUCAGCAGCUUGCCACAAAGGCUCCUCUUCCUCACCAUCACACGCCGACAUGCUCAACGCUGGUUCAGUGACUAUGGAAACGCCCCUGUCAGCAAAGAAGCAGCCUUGUGUUUAUGUCGAUGGGGGCAAGACAAGCAGCUACAAGACAGAACUGGUGGCUCUAAAGGAGGAGUGUCUACAGAUGACCAUCCUCAGUGUUAGGAAGUGACCUCUACCCGGAGCGUACUGUAAGGGGUCCGAACUGCUCAGCUCAGUGCAUAGAGGAAGAUCCUAACACUGACAGCGUCUGAUGUCUUCUGGUCUGACAGGCUGAAAUCAGAUGCAUUUAUCAGGCGAUAGAUGGCUGGGGAUAAAAUAAACAAGACAUACGUCUGUAGCCACAAUAGCAGCUUCUGUAAGAUUGAAAUGCUUACAAACCAGAAAACAGACUACUUCGCUGUUGUUACCUCCUUACCACUAGUGAGGACAGGUCAUGUUGUAAAUCAGAAGGACACUUCAGACAAUUAUUUGUAGCUGAUUUGAUUCUAACUUCAAGCUGUAGUUUGUCAGCCUCCACACAGCUGCACUGCAUGGUUAUAUCAGCAUGUUUAACAUGCUAUGUUAUCAUUAUUUCCCAUUAGUGCAGCUGAGGCUGACAAGGAUUUAGUCAUUAGCGGUAUCCUCAUGAAGUGAAGUGUUGGACUGGAGGAAAUUUAGACCUGCUGGUGGUGCUAGUCAAGGGAUCACCAAAGUCCUCAGGAUUCAGCCUCAGUGGACCAUGAAUGUCUGUACCAAAUCCUACGCCAAUCCAUCCAGUACAUGUUGAGGUAUUUCAGUCUGGACCAAAGUGUUGGACCAACAGAUCGACAGACCUGUCAAGUCACUGGUGCGAUUAAUAAGGAUCUUGUCAAACACAAUUUGAGAACUUGACAAUUUCCAACUGUUCUAGGAGUCAUUUGCAAUGCCUAGGAGGACAUUCUUGAAUAUUUAAGUGGAAUUAUUUAAACAGACCACUCUCUGCAUUGCUGCUUGUUGUUAGUGGCCUGAGAGGAGACACCUUUACAUUCACACCCAACUGGACAGAGGGCAGAUGUAGGAGAUUGAGGUUUGACACCCAAAUGCACCACUUUGGAAUAUGGAAGAAGAGCAGAAGGGUAAUAAAACAUAUUGCAGAUUACUGGUCAAAAACAUUUUUAAUGCUUGUUGGAAAUGUCUGUUUAGUUUAGUUUUUUAAAGGAAAUAAUGAAGCCUUAUGAAGUACCUCAGCUCGUAAACUGUGAUAGCAAGAAGGCUUAGAGUUGAAGUGUCUCUUAUAUAAUGUGAGUAAUGUUUUCUUUUUCUUUCAUUUUUACCACAGACAGCAAAAUAAUCAGAACCCACUCCACUCAGAUGGCAGAGAAAAUCAUAAGACAAAGCCUUUUAUUACAUUCAGCUCAGUUUAAAAGUCAAAUUGAUCAGUUAUUUCAACUACAUCUUAUUGAGAGCACUGUGGAGCAGAACAACAGUUUUACUGAAACUGUGUUGCCAGGCAACCGUCUCUCAACCUCUAUGAAUCCAACCUACAUGCUUGGGCUUGGUAAAGGCUACCCACAGCUGACCUGAUACUGUUUACAUUCCUCUGUCAGACAGAUGCCUUCUAACUUAACCCGUCCCAAACUUCCUAAAUGAUAUACAGUGUAAUGUCUUUUUUUCAUUUUCAGCCUUUUGUUUCUUCAGAUCUAACCAUUUCCUCUAGAAUGGCAAGAUUUGUACAUUCCUUCUUGAUGCAAGCGACACUGCUGGCUGCUAACAUUGUUAUAUUAGGCAAACAAAGAAACAUUUCUCGAUUAUGUCAAACGUGUGAUGAGGAAAUUAAGAAAUACUGGAUGUGCAAAGCAAAAACCCCCAAACAACUGUGGCAGCAUACAGAAUAGCAAUGUAACACUGAUUGUUUUUAAUGAUUUAUUUCAAAAUCACUGAUUAAAAAUGUACAGUAAGCAUGUCUCUCCUUUUGUAUGUGAGGCUGAUUGUUCUUAAUGUAAAAAUAACCAACAUUAUAAUAUGCCAACGCUGGAUUAGCUGCCAUAUUUUGCCAUAUGUUGACUACUUUCUGGGGUCAUUAUGUCAAGCGAGAACUGUCAAGGACCUGGAAAAAACAAUAAAUCUUCAAAAAAUGUUCAUAUGCUGCAUAUAUUGAUCUUCCUUUUGCUAGUUGGCAGCUUGUUUUUUAUAGAAAAUCCAACACAAAGUGACCAAACAUAGUUUUUUUAGCAUUCACAGCUGUUGGGAUCCCAAAACUUAAUGGCAGCUUCUACAACAGCGUGUUGAACUGUGUACAUAAAGAAAAUAUAGGUGUUACUUAAAAAAAA